CGUCCACAUGUUGCCAGUGGCUGCAGACGCUGAGCACUGAACACUGGAGCGCAGCGCAGCGCAGCGCAGCGCACCGGACCGAGAGCGCACGGGAACUUGGAGACGAAUAGGCUGCAGCUGAAAUACUAAUCUCUUUAGCCCCAUGUUCUAAUCAUUUCUUCCUUCCCAAUUGUUUUUUCUUCUUCUUCUCCUAAUCGACUCAAUUUACAGUUUUGACAUGCUCUGUCCUUUGGGGGCAUUUUCGUUGGCUGGCAAGAGCCGGACAGAUGCGGCGCGUAUGACUUAAGGCGACAGGAGAGAGAGAGAGAGAGAGAGAGAGAGAGAGAGAGAGAGAGAGAGAGAGAGAUGGAGACGUUCACGAUACACGACAUGCUCAUGAACUCCACGGACCUCAACAAGAUCCUGUGCAAUUUCGGGAUCAAGAACAUUUCGGAGUGCGAGGUCGAACUGGAGCCCUCGCCCGAACACAAAGACAUCAACCAGACAGUGCGGAUCGUCCUCUACAGCCUCAUCUUCCUCCUCAGCGUGCUGGGCAACAGCCUCAUCAUCGCCGUGCUGGUGCGGAACCGGCGCAUGCGCACCGUCACCAACCUCUUCCUGCUGUCGCUGGCCGUCAGCGACCUGAUGGUGUCCCUGGUGUGCGUGCCCUUCACCCUCAUCCCCAACCUCAUGAGGGACUUCGUCUUUGGCACCGGCAUGUGCAAGCUGGUCAUGUACUUCAUGGGCGUCUCGGUGAGCAUUUCCACCUUCAACCUGGUGGCCAUCUCCCUGGAGCGCUACAGCGCCAUCUGCAACCCGCUGACGUCCCGUGCGUGGCAGACCAAGUCCCACGCCGCCAAGGUCAUCACUGCCACGUGGGUGGCCUCCUUCAUCCUGAUGCUGCCCUACCCCAUCUCCAGCGCCCUCAAGCCCUUCACCCGGCUCAACAACAGCACGGGGCACAUGUGCCGCCUGGUGUGGCCCAACGACAUCAUCCAGCAGUCCUGGUACGUGUCGCUGUUGCUGCUGCUCUUCCUGAUUCCCGGGAUCGUCAUGAUGACGGCCUACGGACUCAUCUCCAUGGAGCUCUACAGGGGCAUCAGGUUCGAGCUGUCCAGCCGGAAAUCCAGCAGAGACAGGCAAUGCAGCACCAGCAGCGGCAGCAUCAAGCCCGGCGACAGCGACGGCUGUUACAUGCUGCCGUCGAAGAGGAAGAGCGUCACGCUGGGCGCGGGCAACGCCGCCGGCGCCGGCAGCAAGCCCGUGGCGUUGGGCCGCGUGUGCGGCAGCAGCUCCACCGCCAACCUGAUGGCCAAGAAGCGCGUGAUCCGCAUGCUGCUGGUCAUCGUCUUCCUCUUCUUCCUGUGCUGGACCCCCGUGUUCGUGGUGAACGCGUGGCAGGCCUUCGACCGGCGCUCGGCCUACCGCCUGACCGGCGCGCCCAUCUCCUUCAUCCACCUGCUGUCCUACACCUCGGCCUGCGUCAACCCCAUCAUCUACUGUUUCAUGAACAGGCGCUUCCGCCAGGGCAUGCUGGCCACCUUCAGCUGCUGCGUCUGCUUCCGCAAGAGCGGCCCGGGGGGGUCGGCCGGCAGCGCCCCGGCGGACGCGGGCAGAGCGAGGGCGGCGCCCGCGUCCCCCGAGCAGAAUGGUCACACCCCGCCGAGCGGAGCCAACACGCGCUUCACCUACACCGGCAUCCGCGCGGCAGCCUGGAGCGAGCUGACCUAAACUGGACUGGUGUGUGUGUGUGUGUGUGUGUGUGUGUGUGUGUGUGUGUGUGUGUGUGUGUGUGUGUGUGUGUGUGUGUGUGUGUGUGUGUGUGUGUGUGUGUGUGUGUGUGUGUGUGUGUGUGUGUGUGUGUGUGUGUGUGAGAGGACCGGCCCGAGUUCAAACACUUGUAGGAAAUCUGUGGUGUGUUGCUUUGAACGUUUGCCCUCAAAGUGCUUGUAGGACUAGUGCAUGAGCAGCCAUGUCGCUUCAGCUAUAACAUGACACGCGGGGAACAAUAGUUCAAGCCCGCGGAGCAAUAGGGCGGCGCACAGUACGUCCAGUGUCCGGGGUUCGCCAAGUGAUGCCUGAUACCUCCAAAAGGCCCCUAGCGGCCCCUGGCCUGAUGUAGAGAGGGAGUGAUGAGGCAGAAGAGCAAUUGACGUAGUUGACACACUCUCUUUGAACACGCUGUAGCUGUAGCUCUGCCUCGGCCUCCUGUAACCGUACAGCGAUCAAACAGCCUCUCUACUCUUUCCAUAUCGUUGCGUUGAAAUUGUCUUUGACCCACAAACCCUGUGCCCAUAAAGAAAAAGAAAAAGAAAAAUGAAAACGAAAAACAUUUUUGAAACAAAGGUUUUGUAACUCGGGACGUUGUUUCCGGUAAGACACAAAAAAGCCGAUAUGGACACAGGUAUAUCCUCCAAGGAUGGCGAGGAUGAACUUCUGUAACACUCAACUUUGAACUGUGCAAACUCCAGCUACUGAUGAAGAUCAUGUGACAUGAUCAAAAGGCCCCCACCCCCCCCAAAAACAAACGCUUCUUACUCUCACUACUUACUCUUGUGCCGUUUCCAAGGUCAAGAUGCAGCCUUAACGGAGCCCUCUGUAGUUUCCUGUGAAAAAAAGACAAAAGAAAAGUUAUGUUUACACGUAGCGUUCCCCUCCAAACCUACAUGACAGAAUCUGUCGAAUGUACUUUCCGCUCUCAUCAAAACAAAGCCAGUAUUUUCGAGGGCGGCAUUAUUCACGUCAUGUUGUACGGGACCUAGCACCACACUUACCGUAACCCGUGGCUCCAAAGUGCUCCCAAGGUCAAAGACAGGGUCGACACUGAGUGAACCUCUGAAAGGAACAGGGCUUGAUGCAGUAGGGAAAUGUUCAUCAUCUGAGAAAACUGAUGCCGGGACCAUGUCGUGAUGCGUUUGACACGAGGCGCUAAUGGAGCCGACAGCAAUUGAAAAAAUAUAUAUAUAUUUGAUUCCGUUUGUGCACUAUGGUGGGCUAAGCCAAUGACCCCAAAUUCCCAAGAGAACCAAUUCCUUUUGCACUCAUGGAUCACAAAUAUUUGACUGUCUGUAUACAUAAAAAAAAAGAAAAGAUGUGAACAAAAAUAUAAUCAUCAAAACUAAACAGGCUUUCAUUGAGUCAUUUGCGGCGGCGGCAGCUGCCUGUCACGCCGCCAUGUAAUUCAUAACCCCCCCCCGAGCGCACAAACUGUUCCACCGCCUCAUCCUUGACCCCCCGGCUUGUUUGUUUGUGUGCUAUGGGAACUGGAGCGGCCUUAUCGUUUUUGUGGGACCUUAAACACCUGCACCCCCUCCCUCCCUCCCGCCCUCCCUCGGCCCCCCAAGUUUUCCUCAACGACAACAACAACUGCCCACGUUCACCCACCCGAUGAGUCAUAAUGUCAAAUAUAGAGCAGCGUAAAUGUAGCAACUGGCGACCGUUUUUGUUUAUUUGCAUCGAUAUAUCAUAACAAUUAUUGUUAGGUAAAUGUAUACUUUACGGUUUGAUGCGUCGAUGGGAAAAAAAACGCAGGAAUUCCAAGUGUUAUGUUUCACUGCAUGAUAAUGUGCCUAUUUUAAACUGCGGUCCUGUUAAACCUGUGGGUCUAUAGAUGAAUGUAAAAAAACAAAAAAAAACAUAACCCCAUUGAUUUCUUUUUUUUGUUUUAAGUGGUUGUGCGUCUGAAAGCAGUUCUGGGGAUGGGAUUGUGUUCGCACGCAAGGAAAACCUUUGAAUGAGCAACGUGCGGUUGACCAUAUAAAGAGCUCGAAUGCCCAGUGUGCGACUGCGUCUGCCACGGACUCGGGGGCAGAGCGACUCGGAGCUUUUAACGGCUUUAAUAAAAGUGGAUCUGAAAGGACAGAGGGCAUUAGGGCCCAGACAAGUGGCGGCAACGAAAAGGGGGGGGGUGAAUCUGCCGGGACUUCUUCCCAGGGAUAAGAGCUCCAUUUGGGCUCGGUGGAGGCCCCAAGCCCCCGCGGCCACUGGGAAAUGUUUACCUGUCACUGGGAGGACAAAAUGUUUCUGCGUUACACAAGAGGAGGAGACCUGGGUUAUUCAUUUGUGAUCUUUUCUGCUUCGUUAUUUGGGAGUUUAAGUGUAACCCCCCCCCCCAAAAAAAAACGUACCUUGCUUAAAAGCUUCUGUUGACAAUUAAAAAAACAUACACAAAGCCUGAUUUUAUAUCACUUUUUUUUUUUAUUUCUCAUUUUUAUGCCAAUAUUGCAAGUUUAUUUUUUUCUCCACGUUUUUUGAAAUUUUUACUUCUUUUAAUGACAUACAGAUUUUUUGGAGCAUGAUCUGGCGCUGCAAUAUGUACAAAAACAAACUAACGUAUGUUAUUUAAAAAAAAAACAACAACAAAAAAGAAAACAACAACAACAACAAAAAAAAGACCGUCCCCCUGUUUUGACGUUAUUGCUAAAAUGUUACAAACGGCACAGGUUUUUUCUACCAAUCAGCAACCCUUUGAGCACUGAGUAUACUACCACAAUGACACCUCGGCUUACCACUUACUAGAAUAAUACACAGAUACAGUGAGUGAAAGAUAGUGAACGGACGUGGCGGGGAAGGAAGAGAAGAGGGGGAGGAGAGGGGGGGAGAUGAAAACGAAAAGAGUGAUCCGACUGCAGCGAAAGCUAAGCGUGACGGGCCGCGUGAUGAAACGGAGGGAAAAGGGAAAGGGUGGGGGCACGUGCACGAACGUGAGGAUGAAAAUGUGCGUGAGGAAGGGAAAGAAAGGUCCGCGCUCUGCAGUGCAAACAGCCAAAGGAGUCUGAAGGAGAAGUAAGGCUGAGUGCGACAGAGGUCGGGCUCCACACUCCACAGAAUCUUUUUUUUCCCGUUGUUUGUUUUUCGUCGAAAGAAGUUCGUUUUUUUUUUUAAAGCUGCCUCUCACUCUGCCCUGUUCCGUUUAGCAGUGCAUGAAAACUACAUUAUAAAAAAGACAUUUGGCAUAUUAGAGGGUACAUACACAUUGUUCAGAGCUCAUUAUAAAAAAAGAAAACAAGAACAGCUGCUUUUGGAAGAGUAAAACAAUUAUGACCAGACACACGCACGCACGCACACACAGAGAGAAAGACACCGGUUAAGAUAUUUUUGUAAAAAAGAAAAUGCUUCAUGAGACAGCAAUUAUUCUACACCCCCCCCCCCCCCCCCCCUCUGAAAGCUUUUGUCGCCGGGUUAAUACAGCGUGUGUUUGAAGAAGGCGUGUCACUUUUUUCUAUUUUUUUUUCAUUGACCCCUUUUUGACAGUUCGUCAUCAAGUUAUUCCGCAUCCUCCCGAAGUCUCGUUAAACUCCGGAUGUUUCAAGAGAAAGAAAAAUUUAAACUGUGUUAAAAAAAACAGCUCGGAUUGUCAAGGCGACACAUUUUGAACAUCUAAAAAAAAAAAAAAAGAGAGAGAGA